GAGACGAGACACAAUCAUACCAACCAUACAAGGUGAAGAAACGUUCGCGGGGAAGUGUCAAGCUCUAAGAGCCCAACUUUUCCCCUCGAAACGGACGUCCCCCGACCAUCCCCCCUUGAACAUUAGGCCCCCCUCUUUUGACCUUAGCAACACCUUCGACAUAGUCACCCCCGAAGAACUUAAUAAAGCAAUCGACUCCUGUCCAGCGCAUUCGGCGACCGGCCCGGAUGGCAUCCCUUAUACCUUUAUUAAAGCAAUAGUCAGAGUAAAUACAACUCUAAUCCAAGACAUUUUCUCCGCCAUGCUCCGGCACGGAGUACACCCAGCGGAAUGGAAAAUAGCUAAGUGUAUCCCGAUCCCGAAACCCGGCAAAGCAAACUAUCAUGAAGCAAAAGCCUAUCCGCCUAUUUCCCUUCUACAAUGCUUUAGCAAAAUCCUGGAGAAGAUAGUGGUCCAAAGACUCUGCACCGCUGGAGAAAUCCUAGGCACACUCUCAGCAAACCAAUUCGGAGGAAGACCAACCAUCUCGGCAAUCGACGCCCUCCUGAGAACCUUGACACCAAUACAACAAAACCUACUACUGAAAAACAGCACCGGAAUCGCCCGGCGAGAUAGACCAGCGAUCCUAACCAACGACAUCCAAGGAGCAUUCAAUUGUGUCGACCACCUACUCCUCGCGGAAAUCAUGCAUCAACAAAAAUUCCCCACCUAUCUGACAGAAUGGUGCAAGGAAUUUAAUACCGGCAGAAAACUACAGUUCCAAUUCAAGCAUGAACUAGAGGAACCACAGCCCUAUGAUUCCGGAGUGCCGCAAGGUAGCCCCAUGUCUCCAGUACUAUUCAUGAUCUAUGCCGGAGUAAUUCUGGACCCAACUAGCAGCCCAAAGGAGAUGGACACAACUUACAUUGAUGACGAUUCGCUGGUGCAAAUAUCCAAAACACCAGGCUUUACAAUCAAGAGAAUGGAGGAACGAAUGAGAGAAAGACUAAUUAAAGCUGAGCCACUCCAAAUUAAAUACGACCCGGAUAAAUCCGAUCUGAUCUUCUUCCGGCCCACUACAUCAUCCACACAACAACCACGACUUCCAGUCAAAGUUAAUAACAUCAAUAUAUAUCCCAAGGAGAGGCUGAAAUACGUAGGAGUCUGGAUAGAUCCGACCCUCUCCUUCCGGCCCCAUAUCGAAGCAGCAAUCGCAAAAGGCCUAAAAGCCCUCCACCAAAUCCGAAACACCGCCCGUCUGCCAGGGAUAACAGUCAAGACAGUUCAUCACCUAAUAACACAAGGCUUCCUUCCAAGCCUACUCUACGGAUCUGAGGCUUGGUGGACUGGUGCAGACCACAUCAUUAGAUCGCUCGAACCACUAUACAACGAAGCUGCCCGGAUCAUCACGGGCCUACCUCGAUGGACCAAGAGAGCUAAACUCCUCCGAGAAGCAGGACUACCCCCCCUAGAACACCUCCUAACAUAUCGCUCAAGAAAGUACGGAACCAGAAUACUCUGCACCGAGGCAACCCACCCCAACAAUGAGUCCCUGAUCGAGCUCCUUCCAUACAGAGAAGCAAACAUCAAAGGGACAGGUCUACACCGAAUCGCCUCCCUUCUACUCCCAUAUCAAACCCCCGGAAAUGCGAGAGACAAGUGGAAUCAAAACAAACUACUACGCGACCACCUGUUGGAAGAAUGGAAUACACAACCAAUACCGGACUACCAUCACCGGGGGGAUUUCCGCCCCCCUUCCAAGAUUGCGAAACUCACCCUAACGGAAGCGAAGAAAGUUUUUCGAAUCCGGUGCCAAACUACCCGAAUCGAUAAACACGCGGUAUAUACAAACCCCGAACCAUGCCAGUGUGGUAUGGAAAACUCAGCGAAACACACACUUAUGGAAUGCCCAGCGUGGGCUCGAAUUCGCGCCCCUUUGAUAGAAAAGAUCCCCGGAGCGAUGACCUGGGAGAACUGGAUGUUUACAAACUUGAAAACGGACCUUAUCUUACAAUUUGCAAAAAAUUCUCAACUCUCGAAGUGGUACGAGUCGGCGGAAGCGGAGGUGGACCUAGAAGAGGGGAUGGAAGAAAAUGAUUAG